AAAACAUGCAGGAAUGCCUAAACCAUAACUGGUCCCUCACGAUACCUCACUUGAAUCUAACUUCAAGUGACAAACUGCUAGCUGAAAUCAGAGCGAAUCUUAAAGAUACAGCAAGCCAAGGCCAUGACACAUAUGUGUGGCAUACGGAGAAACACAGCAUAAUGUUCAUAUGGAAUAUUAUACUAUCACUAUUGGUAUCAUACCUGAUGUUCCAUCGACCAACAGCCAUGAUGCAAGGAUUGAUGCUACCCCCAGUCAUGGGACAAAUGCCCCAAGACAAAAAAUUGGAACACGAUGCAGUAUUUUACAUAACCUGGGCGGUAUUUACAGUGUUUCUACUAUAUCUAAUAAGCAGAUUAAUAGCCAAGUACUGGGAAAAAUACAAAAACUCACCUACAACCAACCAUAAUUCACCUCCCGGAAGAACCUUCAUCCUCGAAAUCCCGGAAGUAGCCUCACUGGAAAAUAUGUCAGCCAACGCCCCUAUACAAUGUAAAUUAUCAGAAACACAGCAACAAAGCACAACCAAAAUGACGCCACACUGCCACGGUACAACGAACGAACAACCAGAGUGCAACAUCAACAAAAAACACCGGCCUGCAAAAUGACACCUAGAGGAUAUCAUAUACCCAAAGAUAAGUGCUAUUAAAUUAUUAUUAAAUUAUAUUUUAGUAUAGGUAAUUAAGUAUAGAGGUAGGUCAGUUUUAGCAGAACAAAGAAACACAGAAUUGAAUAUUUUUUUAUUAUUUUUAUUUUUAUUACUUAUUUUUCAAAAAUAUAUAAAAAUUAUGGGGCGCCUUAGGGAUAGACGUCCCGAAAUAAAAACAAGACGGCCACACACCGCACCCAUCUUAAUGAAAACCUGCCCAGGGGGAAGACGAGGCGGCCAACAAUCAUCGGCAUGUUGUCGAACCAAUAAUAUCUCGGGAUGGUACCCCUGAAAAAAUAUAAUAACAAAAAUCUAUUUGGAAUAAGCAGAGGCUGUGGCUGUACAUACCCUCGGCAGGUCGGGAUACCGUCUCCUCAGGAUAACCAUAACACGCCGCCUAAGGCGUGUUUGAUAGCGGCCUGGAUCUAUUGAAAAAAAAAAAAAAAAAAAAAUUAUAAAUAAAUAAAAAUAAUAUAUAUAUGAAUAUAUAAAAGAGAAAGUACAAGGAAAUGAAAUAUGUAGGUAUAAAUAAUUUUUUUGGGCUACUUACAUUCCAUAUUUAACUAUUCAAACUAAUACUCACCAAAGGGGUAAUUAACAAUUUAGUCAAUUAAGCAUAACAUAAUAAAUAAAUUCACACAUACAGGAGGUAAGAAAUUUACUAACACUUUGAUCUUAUUGUUACAGGGGCCGAAAAGAAAGAAAAAAAAAAAAAAGAGGGAAAGAAAUAUUCCCGAACAAGCAGCUAGGAGCCAACAGAAGGGGUACUGAGAUACCAAAUUCUUUCCAUAUAUAAUGUAUAUAUUGUUUUAACUAGUACUUUUAUAGAAUAAGUAAGAUUAUUGUAAAGGUAUGGUCACAUGAUUCUUAGCGUUGGGGGCCAACGCCUUCACAGGAGGGGCAUAUGUCAACUAAUGGUCUAUAAAUAAAAACCAUCCUGUAUAUCAAAAAUAAUUAAAACUAACUAGAACACGAUUUAUCGACAGUCAGCGGUUUAAGCAGGUCAACGCGUAAAUUAUGUUUACACGCCAUGAAUAUAAAAACCCGAUACAACCAUGGUAUCGGCAUCCAUUCGGGUCUUUCUCUUCUCAGGGUCUCCUUACCCCAGGAAGCAUUAACCCCUUCGGAUCACUCUCUCCUCAGGGUCACCUUACCCAAGGGAGCAGUAGCUACAUUCCUCUUCAGGGUCACCUUACCCCAGAGAGUCUUACCCUCCAGCAGGGUAGCGUUGCCUAUACGUGCAGAACCCGUAUUCCUACAUAGAGCCCCAGCACAAGAGUCAUGUGGUACACCUACGUAGUGCCCCUUUGGUAAUGUACCUAUUGGACGACAAUAUACACUAUUCCCG